CUGGCAGCAGCCCGGUUGCUACGUCACCACAUUUCACCGAAUACGAUGCAACAGCGUGGAAAAGCGUAAAAGUGUUCUCCUGGCGGCCCACAGAAACAAGGCAAAAUGAGGGAAGCUGCUCUCCUGCUCACACACUGCCUGCUUGCGUGUCUCCUCCUGAGCUCCAGCCAGGCGGCCAGACAAGGACAGGACCUCAGAUGUGGAGCCUGCAGGGCUCUGGUAGACGAGAUGGAGUGGGCCAUUUCCCAGAUAGACCCGAAGAAAAUGAUCCAGACGGGCUCUUUCAGGAUCAAUCCAGAUGGGAGUCAGUCCAUCAGAGAGGUUCCUCUGGCACGCUCAGAAGGAAACCUCCUGGAGCUCAUGGAGAGCAUAUGCGACAGGAUGGGGGACUACGGCGAGCGCACGGAUCCCUCCACAAACAGGAAGUCGUACGUCAGGAUCAAGUCUCGGAGCGGCGAGGCCAUGGACCUGUCGGAGGCCUCGCUGGAUUCAAGGGUUACAGCCAGCAUGAAGUUCGCGUGUGAAACAAUAGUGGAACAGCACGAGGAUGAAAUCAUCGAAUUCUUCGCUCACGAAACGGACAACGUUAAAGACAAACUGUGCAGCAAAAGGACAGACCUCUGUGACCACGCUCUAAAAAUGACCCAUGAUGAGCUUUGAUAUCCUGUCACCAUAGCGACCGUCUCUCCUCAGCUCAUAUGGAGACUUCUGGGUGCUGUAGUGUUUUUGGUUGCCACUUAUCACCUGUUUGUGUCAGGGCAGUGGGACAAGCUGUAUAAAAAUUCUUAUGAUAAGAAAUAAAAACAAAAAGCAUUACUCGUGUGAUCAUGGAGACUUUGAGGACCACUCUGCUACUCUUUUUUUCUUUUUGGGGGGGUCAUAUCUCAUUUUAUGUGAUACUGUAAGUUAUUAAAAAGGCUCUUAUUGGUCUUCUCUGGAUAAAAACUGUGAAACUGUAAAAAUGAAUUUGGACUUUAUGUGGAGAUAUGACUAAAUUUGAUUGGGUGGUCCUCAAGCCCUCAUUCACGCAUGAUGGAAAAACUCUCCUGAGGUCGAAUCAAAGUGAUGCUGAAGUUCAAGUUCAAGCUCUAGAAGAGUUUUUUCAUGCUCAUCAGUAUUUAUUUAACUGUCCAUGAUCACAGGAUUAACUGAUACCAGCUUGACUCUCCUUCUUUAAUUACCCCAUGAGAUACUCGUUCAGGUAAAACGAAAAGUUGAGGGCCUCGGUUUUAAAAGUACAUCAUGUAAAAAUAACUUCAGAUACGGUUUCAGUGUAGUUCGAACGAUAACGUACCUUCAUCACCAAACAAAAUUUCCCAGGUAGUUUACCCCCUCCGACAGCAGCGACGUGCUCUCAGCAGUAUGUUUUAUUUCUCCUAAAUUAAUUUGGCUAAAAGACUCAUGUUGCUAAACUGUUGGAUUAUAACCAGAAAUGUCUUCAGGUGUUUAAGUGCUUAGUACACAACAUUUGCACAAUUAGUAUCCACAUUCCUGUGCAUUAAUUUACCGUUUAACCUCCAGUGACUUUAAAACACUCCUACUGCUAAAUAAACUGCCUGCAUCUUCUCAAGUUAAAACUCUCACAUGCUGCUGACAGAGCAGAACAAUUAUCCUCACAUGUUGGAGCCUAAGCUCGUGCACACAAAACUGCUUUGCUCAUUAUUUCACAUUACCUCGGAGUUAAACACUACCGAAACCAGCUGCGAUUUACUUGAGCUCGAGAAUCGAGAUUGUAGCAAAGUUUAGAUUUCCUGGCUUUGUAAUAAAACUGACCUCCUGCGUAGCCCCACUAGAGUGUGCUGUAGGCAGCAGUGCAAGCAUACCAGUACAGCCACAGUAGAAAGAUCAAGAAGUAUUUUUGGUGUUAUUGUGUGAAAAUGAAUUUGCCGUUUUGUGAUCAUUCUCCUGAGAUGUCUUUUUAAUAUAAAAUUUGUACAUUUUCUGACUCUG